AUGACGAUCCACAGCAGGGCAGUGAUGGAGUCCAACGGCUGUCCACGCGUCAGCCAGCAGCCGGGACACUGGAAGACCCCAGACAGCCUGAGGGUCAACAUUGACGGCAGCUCUUUCCUUGUGGAUAAAACCAUUCUGUGUGAGAACUGUGAGUACUUCAGAGCAUUGUUUCAGUCAGGGAUGAGAGAGUGCGAACAGGAAGAAACCCAGCUGCAGUGUGUGGGGAUUAUGGGCUUCCUGGUCCUGCUGCGGGUCCUGGACAGGGAGCAGCCUGUGCUGAGCAGCGACCAGAUCGUGGAAGCCAUCCAGUGUACGGCUUUUCUGCAGGUGCCCGCUCUCACGGAGCACUUGAUAAAUAUCAUCAAUUCUGAGAACUGCCUGCUCAUGUACCACACAGCUGCCACAUACGGUGUGUGGAAGCUUUCCCACAGUUCAGCUUUAUUCAUCAGAGAUAUGUACGCUGACCUAAAGGAGGACCUACACGCCUUACCCAACAAGCUAGUAGACUACAUAGAGUCCCUUCUACCAAGUAGCUACGUGGCAGUUUGCAGCCACUCGCCGUCCACUGAGCUGCUGCAGGAUCUCCAGAGGACGGUCUGCUACCUGGACGAAGAGCACAGAGAGUGGAAGGUCCUGACACACCUACCUGUGAGCACCAGCACCACCAUGGCAGGUGUGGCCGUCCUGGACAACAAACUUUACAUCAUCGGAGGAGUGCAUGAUGUCAGCAAAAAGGUAGUAGAGACUGGUUUCUGUUACAACCCUGCAGCAAACACAUGGUCCACCAUCUGUGGCUGCCAGCACCUACGCUACAACUUGACUCUGUUAGGUCAUGAGGGCUGCCUCUACGCCCUCGGAGGUGAGUACAACAUGAAGGCUCUGUCGUCCGUGGAGAGAUACAAGGUGUCUAAUGGAAGCUGGGGCUUUCUUUCCCCCCUCCCCUGCCCUGCAGCCUUGGUCGUGUCUGCUGUCGCUAUGAACAGGAUCUUUGUCUGUCUCUGGAAAGGUAAGGGGGCCACAGAUAUACACGAGUACGUGACUGAACGGGACCAGUGGCUUCUGGUCACCACGCUUACCCGUGAGCACAGUUAUGGUCUUUAUAUGGUGGCCCAUAAGGAUAAUCUGUAUGUGAUGCGCAAUGGACCAUGUGAUGAUUUCUUACUGUGUGUGAUUGACUGCUACAACCUGAGCUCAGGCCAGUGGACGGCCAUGAGGGGCCAGUACGGGAACAGUAAAGGCUCUCUGUUGACUGCUGUAGUCAGAGGGGACUCUGUGUUCACACUCAGCCGCCAGGUGACAACAGAGUACACUAUCGAGGAUUACCAGUGGAGAGUGAAGCGUGAGAGCAAAGGUUUUGGCAGGAUUGGCUCCAUAUACACAUUUCUGAUGAGGCUGCCUAAAGCUGCGGUCUCACCCGUGAGGAAAUCUCCAAAUCUGCCUCAGAACCAGAACUUGAGGGACUGUCCCAGAUUGUCCCCACAGUGCUCUGAUAUCCUAUAG